GUUGGACACAGAGCUCGCCGCGGUGCCUCCCUCCUCUGUACGCGCUGCCCUGCUAAAUGGAAGGAAACGGAAAGCAUGUUGUAAAGUUUCGUUUCUUCUCCAACCUAAUCCUCAGCACUCCCGUGUCACACACUGUGACUCACUUUUGAUGUGUUACAUGACAAAUGCAGCAGAGUGUCUAUGUACAUAUGAAAGUGAGUGUGGCUGCCUGCGUUGAAUUAAAUUAAAGUGGUGGAAGUCUCCCUCCUCUCUCCGUAUGACCUCCCUACCAAAUUACUCAGGAGCCAGAAUAUCUGGCUGCUGGACACUGACAUCUGAUGGCCGCGGAGGUGACGAUGGCUCUCUAGACCGCCUCCUCCCCUCGGUAAGCACGGGCCUUUCACCCCGGAAAAGGACCACCAGUCAGUGCAAGUCUGAGCCACCUCUCCUCCGCACCUCCAAGCGCACCAUCUACACCGCUGGGCGCCCCCCUUGGUACAACGAGCAUGGCACCCAGUCAAAAGAGGCCUUUGUCAUUGGUCUGUGUGGUGGCAGCGCUUCAGGAAAGACGACCGUUGCGAGAAAAAUAAUUGAAGCCCUCGAUGUACCCUGGGUUGUCUUGCUGUCCAUGGACUCCUUUUACAAGGUCCUCUCCUUAGAGCAACAGACACGGGCUGCCAGUAACGACUAUAACUUUGAUCAUCCCGAUGCGUUCGACUUUGAUUUGCUGACGCACACGCUCCGAAAGCUCAAGCAGGGCAAGAGUGUGAAAAUCCCCGUGUAUGACUUCACAACACAUGGGAGACAGAAGGAGUGGAAAACAGUGUAUGGAGCUAGUGUAAUCAUCUUUGAGGGGAUCAUGGCCUUUGUCGAUAAAGAGCUCUUGCAGUUACUGGACAUGAAGAUUUUUGUCGACACUGACUCAGACAUCCGUCUCGUGCGGCGGCUGAGGAGGGACAUAACCGAGCGAGGCCGGGACAUCGAGGGCGUCAUCAAACAGUACAAUAAGUUUGUCAAGCCAUCCUUUGAACAGUACAUCGAACCAACCAUGCGCCUGGCUGAUAUUGUGGUGCCUCGUGGUGGCGGGAACAUGGUGGCCAUUGAUUUGAUAGUGCAGCACGUCCACAGUCAGCUGGAGGAGAGGAAACUUCGCUGGGAUAUGGCAGCCCUGGCCUCCGCUCAUCAAGCUCAACCGCUUCCGCAGACUCUCAGCGUUCUGGAGAGUACACCCCAGGUCAAAGGCAUGCACACCAUUAUCAGGAACAAGGAAACCAGCCGGGAUGAGUUCAUCUUUUACUCCAAGAGACUGAUGCGUCUGUUGAUUGAGCGAGCGCUGUCCUUCCUACCAUCACAGGUCCACGUUGUCCAGACUCCCCAGGGAGAGGACUAUGAAGGCAGGACUUUCCACGGGAAGAGGAUCACUGGCGUGUCCAUUUUGCGGGCAGGGGAAACCAUGGAACCCGCUCUAAGAGCCGUUUGCAAAGAUGUCCGCAUCGGCAAAAUCCUCAUCCAGACCAAUCAGGACACAGGAGAACCUGAGCUCCAUUACCUCCGUCUCCCUAAAGACAUAAGUGAAGAUCACGUCAUUCUGAUGGACUGCACCGUGUCCACUGGCGCUGCAGCCAUGAUGGCCGUUCGAGUCCUACUGGACCAUGAUGUGCAAGAGGACAAAAUCCUUCUGGUUUCUCUGCUAAUGGCCGAAAUGGGGGUGCACUCGGUGGCCUAUGCCUUCCCGCAGGUCAAGAUCAUCACCACAGCUGUGGACAAGAAGGUCAACGAUCUCUUCCACAUCAUACCUGGCAUCGGUAAUUUUGGAGACAGAUAUUUUGGAACUGAUGCACCUCCUGACUGGAGUGACGACGAGAUUGAUGAGCCAAGUUACUGAUUCGACAUGCGUCACUGGCCGCGCACUUUGAUGCCUCUGUGGGGCCCGGAGCCAAACAGUCACACUGUACAGUAACCAAAUUAAAGCUUUUAAAUUAUUUUAUUCUUCAUGAAGUUGUGAUAUGAAGCGCAAGAUAUUUUUGUACAGUAUGUUAAUAGUUUAGCUUGGUCUGUGCGGAACAUUUGCAAUCUCACCUUUAAAGCCUCAUACUGUGGAUGACACUGAAUGUGAAUUUGUAUAUGGCAC